AUGGACGUUAGCUUUGUAAAUUCGCUCCCAGGUCCUCCCGUAACGCAAAUCCUCAUCGCUCCACCGGAUCCCCGUUCCGUGGCGUUCCUUAGCGUCAGCCCAGCGGAUGACAAGACGUCGGGUCUGAGCAUCAGCUACGCACCCAGCGCCGCUUCCAAUCUGCCCACUGGUCCCUACAAGUGGAGACGGCCAAAGAAUGAUCCCGAUGGGCGGUUCCAGAAAUUUGAAAGUCAUCCAUUCCAAAAGCCGGACCUCGAGGAAAUACUCGCCUUCCAGGACGACUAUUCUGAUUUAGACGCUGCUCGGUGGGAGUAUGACCGGCUGCGAGAGUACGUGCCCGACACGCUUGAGCCCGAGGUGAGGCGCGUCCGCGACAUGCGCCAGCGGCUGGGAAUCCCAGCCAAUCAGCCGUUGCCCAUCGGCGGCCAACAACCCAUGCGUACGGGCAUGGGACGGGCCGGGCCCCGAAUCUUGUCACCCAGGGCAGCGGUUCCGCCCGGCGCUCACCGAGCCCCAUAGGCGCCACACAGGUGCCUCUGGCGGAAGUUCGGGGAUGACUGCAGAACACGCCAGAGAAACUGAACUCCCAUUUGCUAGCACCUCGAAAAGCAGUGCUUCAACCGGGCGUCGCGCAACGUGGUAACGUGAACAUGCAGGUUUCACGAAGUUCCGUGAGCGUCAUUUUCCUAAAUUCCAUCGGCAGCACUCUGACGUCCUGCAAGAACUGCAUGACGCGGCUCUCUGCGCGGAGCGCGCUGGUUUCGUUUGUUGAAUAAGUAUU